AUGGCAGCACGUGGUCUUCUCUUGGCAUCACUUGUUCUCUCUUGCUUUCUUUUGCCUUGUUAUGGAACUGUGCUCUUCUCUUCUUUGCAAAAAACUCUCGUAGUCAAGGCUACACCAACAUCUGGACAAGUAUUGAGAGCCGGUGUGGACAAAAUCACCGUUACAUGGGGCCUGAACCAGACCCUCCCAGCUGGGACUUACUCGGCCUACAGGACCAUCAAGGUCAAGCUCUGCUACGCGCCCAUAAGCCAAGUAGACCGCGCGUGGAGAAAAACCGAAGACCACCUUAACAAAGACAGGACUUGCCAGUUUAAAAUCGUGGCUAGACCAUACAACUCUGCCAACAAAACCGCCCAAUCCCUUGAGUGGACUAUUGAACGCGACGUGCCCACUUCCACGUACUUCAUACGCGCCUAUGCUUAUAAUGCGGAGGAAAAAGAGGUGGCUUAUGGGCAAACAACAGAUGCACACAAGACCACCGAUUUGUUUCAAAUCGAAGCAAUCUCCGGCCGCCACACGACAAUGGAUAUUUGCUCGAUUUGCUUUAGUGCUUUCUCCGUUGUGUCCUUGUUUGGUUUCUUCUACAAGGAGAAGAGGAAUGCAAAGAGAGCUCAGUAG